GGAGAACGAGUUGUCUCCUAGAAGGGCUGUUGUUUUCUUUCGGGUCUUCUCUCCGGCUUCCGGUCCGUUGGUGUUUCUGAUCCGGCCUGCUACAGCCUGGGGAUGUCGCGGCGGGCCUUGAGGCGGUUGCGGGGGGAGCUGCGCGGGCAGGCCCUGCCGGAGGCCGAGGAGGAGGAGGAGGAGGAAGAAGAGGAGGAGGAGCAGCAGCUCCCGGCGCGGUCUGGGCAGGAUGGAGCGAGCGGCAGGCGGAGGAAGCCCCGGCAAGAGGCGGCAGGGCGCGUCGCCAACCUCUUCGAGCUGAUAACUCCUGAGGGUGAGCCAGCAUCCACUGAGGAGAGAGAAAAUUCUGGGCUUCAAGAGGAGGGCCACACAGGGAGCCAAGGAGAAGCUGAACUUGAAGGUCUGGAGAAUGACAGGGGGAAAGAUGGAGAAGAGGUGGAGCAACUGGACAAGAAGGCUGUACCAAGUAACAAAACACGGAAGAAGAAGAAGAAAAGAAAGAAGAAGAAUGCAGCAGGCGAGGCUCCCUGCCCCGGAGAUGAAGAUGAUGAUGCCGAAGACAUCGAGAGCAUCCUGGUGAGGCUGGAGAGCUCUGCUGGGCCGUGGUCCCAGAAUGAAGGCAAGGUCAUCACGGACAGUCGGCCACUGCUCUAUGUGGAGCACAGGAACUUGAAUCCAGAAACUGAGCUGAAGAGGUAUUUCGGGGCCCGAGCAGUUCUAGGCGAUCAGAGACCAAGGCAGAGGCAGCGACCGCUUCUCCGCAGCACCUGGCUGACGGUGCCCAAGAGCACCUGGCCACGUCACAGCAAGACAGGUCUCUCCAUGCGGCUGCUUGAGUCAAAGCGGGGGGUGCAGCACUUUGCAUUCGAGCACCACCGAGAGUACCAGCAAGUGCAGUUCAAGUUCCUGGACGCGGUGGAGUCCAUGGACCCCAACAACCUGGUGCUUCUGCUCCAGGUGAACCCUUACCACGUGGACUCCCUGUUGCAGCUUAGUGAGGUGUGUCGGAUGCAGGAAGACCAGGAGAUGGCCAGAGACCUUGUGGAGAGGGCCCUCUACACCCUGGAGUGCGCCUUCCACCCCAUGUUCAGCCUCACCAGCGGGACCUGCAGGCUUGACUACCGGAGGCCAGAGAACAGAGCUUUCUGCCUGGCUCUCUUCAAGCACAUGAUUUUCCUGGAGAAGAGGGGGUGUCCUCGCACCGCUCUGGAGUUCUGCAAACUUCUCCUCAGCCUCGACCCGGAAAACGACCCCUUGUGCAUGCUGCUGGUAAUCGACUUGCUGUCGCUUCGAGCGAAGGAGCACGCCUUCCUCACCCGGAUGUUUCAGGAGUGGGAGAGCCACCGGAACCUCUCUCAGCUUCCCAACUUUGCCUUCUCCGCCCCUCUGGCGUAUUUCUUUCUGAGCCAGCAGGAGGACAUCUCUGAAGCGGAGUCAAGCAAGGCCCAUGAGGAAGCCUCCAGGCUCAUCCGGCAGGCGCUGGUCAUGUUUCCGAGUGUUCUGAUGCCUUUGCUGGACCACUGCAGCGUGCAGCCGGAUGCGAUGGUGGCUUCCCACGCGUUCUUUGGACCAAAUGCCCAGCUCAGUUCGCCUCCCGCCCUGAACCAGCUGGUGGCGCUCUACCUGGGGCGCACUCACUCGCUGUGGAAGGACCCCGCUGUCAUGGCCUGGCUGGAAACAAACGUGCACGAAGUGCUGCGGACGGUAGAUGCCAACGACCCCGUCUUGGACGAGGCCGAGCGGAAGCGGAAGGUGCGGUACCAGAGUGCUCCUAGGAACAUCUAUCGCCAUGUGAUCCUCUCGGAGAUCAGGGAAGCCACUGCAGCGCUGCCUCCGGAAGUGACUUCACAGCCUAUCAUGGGGUUUGAUCCGUUGCCGCCUCUGGACUCCAUUGUGUCCUACACACGCCCAGAAAGGGCAGAUCGUCCAUCCAACGAAAGCACUUUGUCACUGUUCUUUCGCUCGCUGCUGCCAAACUUCAACUUGCAGGGAGAAGUCGGAGCUGCUGGAGCAGAGGAACCUGGUGCGGGGCAGGAUCUGAACCAGGGGGUGAACAGACUGAUGGCAGCCAUGCGGGACAUGUUGGCCAACAUCCAGUUCCAGGAGCCGCCGCGUGAUGACAAUCCGGAGGGGGACGGAGGGGAAUGGGACUGACCCCGAGCCCCCCUCCCCUGUAAUCUCCCUUGCCGUGUAAUAAACAGUCCAAAGCAGGAGGAGGAAA